UCCUCCCCGAGUGCUGGGCUGUGCGCGCGGGCUGUGCGGUCGCAGCUCAGACGGAAGCGCAGCGGAAAGCGGCAGCCGGACUCGCGGAGACUCCUGAAGUCGCGUCGCUUCUCCCCGCAGACAGACAGACAGACAGACUCCCGCACGCACAGACAGACAGGCAGGCUCCAACAUGGCGCUGUUGCUGCGCGCGUGCAGGCUGCUGGUGCAGCUGGUGUCGCUCCCGCUGGUGCUGGCGGAGGCGCUCGGACUCUACGCGCACUACAAGCGCUUCUUCCCGCUGCUCAUGUACAGGAUGUCCGCGAGCUACAACAAGAAGAUGGAGGAGCAGAAGCGCGAGCUGUUCCGCAGCAUGACCCGGUUCGGCCCCUCGCGCGGGCCCCUGCGCGUGCUGGAGAUCGGCUGCGGGAGCGGAGCCAACUUCGAGCACUACCCCGCGGGCUGCAGGGUCACGUGCACCGACCAGAACCCGCACUUCGAUAAGUACCUGCAGAAGAGCAUGCAGCGCAACGCGCACGUGCAGUACGAGAAGUUCGUGGUGGCUCCUGCUGAGGAUCUGCGGCAGGUUCAGGACGGGGCCGUGGACGUGGUGGUGUGCACACUGUUACUGUGUUCCGUUACAGACCCGGCCCGGGUUCUGCAGGAGGCCAAGAGGGUCCUCAGAGAGGGUGGAGCGUUUUUCUUCCUGGAGCAUGUGGUGGCUGAGGAAUCAAGCUGGACCUACUUUUUUCAGCAUGUUUUACAGCCCUUCUGGUACUACUUCGGUGACAGCUGUGAGACGACCCGCGCGACCUGGCAGUACGUGGAACAGGCGGGGUUCUCCGAGGUGCAGCUCCGCCACAUCCAGGCUCCGCUGUUUUUCCUCAUUAAACCACACAUCAUUGGUUACGCUGUGAAAUAAACACACACACAGUAAAACUGCAGUGUGGUGUUUAAAGGUGCCACAGGAUUCAUUUAUUCAGUCAUUUAAAUUUGUCCUCUGAUGUCUGUAGAAGGUGUGUGACUCUCAUCGGAGUGAAAAACGCCCAGAUGUGGUUUUACACGCCCGUUUAACACCCGAAGAUUUCGCCCCAGGAUGUAACAAGCUGUAUUUUCUUUUUUGGCAGGCUCAUUAAUAUGCUAAUGAGCUCUACUCUGAUUGGCUGGUUUGCAGCACAAUGGUCAGAGUUGCCAGAUAUUUUCUAAUAUCUCAAUCAAAUAGAGCGGCAGCUACAAUUAUCGACAGUCCAUAAUUAUUGACACCUUUUCAGAUUUACCAAUAAACAAUUUUACAAAGGUGCGUUUGUUAAAUAGUUAUUAUUGGUUAAUCAAAUCAACUGGAAGACCCCCACCGUCCUUUGAUGUUGUCGUCUGAUGACACAGCUCGUUACCAGAGAUGGAAUUUUUUCAGAAAACCCAGACGUUCUGAUCGCAGGUGAGCGUGGUGGAAAGAUCAUGGCCAUGUUUUUACUGAUCAAAUUCACCGAUAUUUCAUGAUCUCCUCGUCAAAACCUACUUUGUUUCUUUCUCUUUCAUUUGAUAGACGCCAUUUUGUAUCUAAACGCACGUUUGAGAAGUCACGUGAGGUGUCGAUAAUAGUGAUCACUUUCACCGGUGUCCACCAUUAUCGACACCCUGUGGGAUUAAGGGACGUUUACAACUGUUAUGGAUCGUUCUGUGUGUAACGGUGCUGAAGUCGAUGAAGUACUUUAAAAAAUAAAAGUGCUGUGAUUUAUAAUAAUUUUUUUUUCUGAUUCAUAACAACAAGGUACCUACAGUUUGGGUUCGAGGAAUGACGUACGACCUUUGACCUGGAUUUCCACGUGGUUACAAUCUCAGCAGCCUGUUGCCAUGUAUUGAUAAACUACAAAACUAGGAAUUAAUACAAACAACGGAUGAUUAACAAAAUGUGAUCUACGAAAGUACUUCAAGUGGAACAAAAAGAUUUAGCAGGUUAAACAUUAUCAGAUCGUUUGUUUACAAACAUGUAAAUAAGGAAGUAAUUCUAAACACUGACAUCCAUGUUUUUAUAUAAAAUAUAUUUUGUACUAAAUGCAAAUCUAUGUAAAACAAUGUUAAAUAAGAACCGUUUUGUUAGAUUAAUCCCACCUACCGAUUUGUUUUUUAAAAACGUGGGUGUCGAUAAUUGUGGAACGGUGUCACAUGACCUGAUACGCUAAGUAAUCGGGCAUCAACUUUUUUUUUCCCCAGUGGAAGUUUGAGUAAUUAUUCAUGCACAAUUUACGUAUUGAAAGUCUUUUCUACUUUUGCAACGGCCAAAAGACUGUUAAGGUGUCGAUAAUUGUAGCCGCCGCUCUAGUGAUUUAAAUGUUCAGCAUAAAGCGAUCUUAAAAUGGUCAGUUUCCAACAAACUCAAGGUUAAAAAGGAAAUUUCCACACUUUAAAGGGAUCCCAGCGGAUUAAUUCUCAAACUUAUUUUCAGCAAAAGUAGUUCCAGAUUUUAAAAAUCAAACUUUCAUUUCUGGAGACCAAAUAGUGUUCGAGAAAAAUGAAUUUUCUUUAAAAUGUCAGAUGAGCUUCCUGCGGUGAUGACGUAUGCAAUGACAACAUGAAGCAGUUGCUUGGAGCAACUCAGCUGUUUAUAUUCUCUGUCGUAGUUUUACAAGUAUUUUACUGUAUUUAUCAGAUAAAUGCCACAACGAUGCUAAAAAGAAAGCACAAGCUGGAACAAGACUGACCACUACAUGCCAUCAUUGCAUACGUCACCACCGCAGGAACCCCAUCUGACAUUUUAAAGAAAAUUUUUUUUUUUUUUUUUAACACUAUUUGGUCUCUGAAAAUGAAAGUUUGAUUUUUGAAAUCUGCAACUACUUUUACUUAAUCAGUUUGAGAAUAAAUCUGCUGGAGGAUCCCUUUAAUAUCAUCAAUCUGGCAACCCUGGUGAUGGUUCACACAGAAGCAAAACAUUGAAAUGGUGAGUUCGAGUGGACCUUUCUCGAAAUGACUGACCCAGGGUGAGUUUCCCGAAAGCAUCGUAGCACAAAGAUCAUCGUUAAAUGGUAGAGCGAGCAUCACAAUGACCGCUCUCUCUCCUAGUCAAGAUGCUCUUAGCGUUAAGAGGCUUUUGGGAAACCCAGCCCUGGUUAGUUCCUGAGUUCUGUCUUGUUGAUGAACUAUAAGUUAGAGAGUGACUUGAUGAAGGGACUGACAGUGAUGCAGCUGAUACCGUAGAUUUAUAUGAAAAACGCAGGAUGUUUCUUUGUCUGGCGUCAACAGUCAAAAAGUGGAUAAAAUCACAGCAGGGUGAUGGCUACAGGUUCCGGUUGUGGUGAUCAAGUUGGAGCAGCUUUCUUUUCAGUGUCGAACACGGAGUGAAGCCUGCUCGAUAUCAUCCGAGGUUUGAGGAACAGUCCGGAGUGAAACCACCUUCUGAUGGUUCAGUUCUGGUUUGGGCAUUUCUGUUUACUUGAUCUUUAUCAUUGUAAUGCUCAGUUUGGUUAUAAUGUGGAUCGUUCUUCUAGUUGGGAGAAACUGUUUAACAUCAGGUGAAGUUGUGAAUAAGAAGGUUUGGUUUUUUUUUUUUUUUAGUGAUUUCAGUAGCAUCCUGAAAAGUGAGAGAGAGCACAAGCAGCUCCAUGGAUCACCAUGCUGGUUAGAAGGAGAUGAAGGCAGUAGCGGCGGUGUCCGUGGACAGUGCGCCAGCGUGUAGGCCAGGUUACAAACUUCUCCACACAGACCUUCCUUGCCAGAUGUUUUCCUAACAAAUGUCCAGUCACUCAAUAGCCAGAUGGAUGAAGAAAGGCUGUGGCUCAGCCUACGGUGAUCUCGGAGGGACUGCUGUGUGACGGUUACAGAAAUGUUGCUCAGUGUGCUGGUUCCUGAUGUGGCUGUGGAGCUAACGAAAUGAACAAAGGGCUCCAGUAAAAGCAGGAGUCCAGCUGAUACUCCAGUAUCAGUAAUAACUGGUACACCAAGCACACAAUCUCUCAGUCCUUGUUUCAUUCUUCAUAAAUACCUGCAGGUUCAGCCGUACAGGUCCACGGUAAAGUCCUGAACAUGGGCUGGUGUAUGCAAAUUUUGGGGGUGUAAAUAUUAAUGAGUCUGGACUGUUGGGAAACAUGCCAGGAUUUGGAACUGGCCCGUUUUACUGCCCUCUUUUGCGUAUGCAGGAUUUACAUCUGAAAGCGUAGACAGGUGUUUGAGCUUCACGUCCCCGCUCCAUGAACUCUGUGGUGGUGUUUUUUUUUUUUUCCCCCAGCUCUCCCCAGAUAAACCCAGAUUUUCAUUCUGUGGCACCUUUAAAACUAUACGUCAAAUCAUUUUAAAUUUACUUUAAAAACUAUGAACCACAAUAUGAUUAGCGUUAGCUUCUCGGCUUGAUUUACCUGACCUCAGGCUCCACCCAUUUUGCUGAUGUUGGAUCAGAGCGGGUGGGUUCUGUUCCAAUAGUUAUGAAGUAGCACUAAUUCUGAUUUUUGUUGAUCUAACCUGCACCUUCCAACUCACUUUAAUAUGAAUAAUAAAUAUUUUACACAUUUUCCUAACACUAGUGUUUGUUAUACAGGACUGCCUAUUACUAACAAGUGACACGUUAACAUUUCCAAAGUUACCUUUUGUGAAAAUGUUUAACAGAAGUUUAGCUCUUGUAUAAAAUUUCAUAUGAAGAUAGAAAAUUGCUGAUGUGUCUGUGGUGAUUAAAGAGCCGUACUGCCCUCGAC